AUGUCUUUUAAAGAUAAAGUUGUUAUAGUAACCGGAUCUGGGUCUGGUAUGGGAGCAGCGACAGCGCUGCUCUUUGCUGAAGAAGGAGCUCACGUUGUAAUAGUGGAUUUCAGUGAAGAAAGAGCUAAUAAUACUGCAGAAGAAUGUAAGAAACAUGGAAACAAAGUCCUUGUCAUUGUUGCUGACGUCUCCAAAAAAGAAGACGAUGCGAGAAUAAUUAAUAACGCUAUCGAUGAGUUUGGAAGAAUUGACGUUUUAGUUAACAACGCUGGAACUGGGAAGGUAGGACGAAUCAUGGAUGGAACCAUAAUAGAAACAUUCGAUGAAGUAAUGAAUACCAAUCUCAGAUCUGUGGUGGUAUUAACAAGCCUGGCUGCUCCUCAUUUGGCGAAAACCAAAGGCUGCGUGGUAAAUACGUCAAGUAUAUUCAGCACUGCCUUAAGGCAUGGUACCAUUUUCCCAUCUUACUGUGCUUCUAAAGCAGGAGUUGAUACUUUUACUCGUGUUGCUGCCUUGGAGCUUGCUUCAUCAGGAGUGAGGGUCAAUGCCGUCAACCCUGGACCGGUUUACACAAAUCUUCUCAUCCAUAAUGGACUACCUGGCACUUGGGAAGAAUAUGCACAAUUUACUGCUUUAAAGAAAGGUUCAGAUCCCAAAGAGGUUGGUAAUCUCAUUUUGUAUUUGGCCAGUGAUAAGGCUAAGAGUAUUACUGGUGUUUGCUAUGAAAUUGAUAAUGGAAUGAACCUUGUAUAG